UUUAUACUUCAGGCCUUUAUAGUCUUAAGUACAUGUUCAAUUUCUAUUAAAGCAAAAGCAAAUUUGUAAAAGGGAUUUUUUUGUACACUUUCUUUCAAUUAAGAACACUCCCUUUGCAUUUCUGUGCAUUCUGUCCAGAAAUUCUUAGGUUCCAAACUAAACUUUACUGUACAGCUGUACACUGCAUUUUCUGUGAUUUAAUACAUAGUCAAAAAUAUUGAGAAAGGGGGGGGCAGGCAGGCAAAGAAAAUGCCAGCUGAGUUAACUUCUCUGGCUUUGUAAUGAAUUAGAGUUAAUAUGAUCUGAAUAGCUUUAUCUACGUAGUAGAAUGGUAAGUAUGAGAGAAAGUUAGACCAUUCUAGUUUGUCUGUUUAUUGUUUUUAGUAGAUAGAAAUGGGUUGCUUGGAUUUGUAAAUUGUUAUAGGAUAUACUUAAAUGUAUUCAUGUAUAUAAAGUAAGCUGCAUCAGUUUAAUGUUACAAAUGUUUCCAUAGAAAAUAUGAAUUAACCGGUGAAAUAGAUUGAUAUAUAAAGUUCAUGCUGAAGUAGUUUUUGAUGGGUGUAAUAGCAUUUUGAUCAGUAACCAAGUUUGCUGGGGAAAAAGUCUUAUUUUUACAAAGCUGUGCAUUAUAUUCCAUUUCAACUUCUUCAGUCAUGAUCUUAUGCAGAAUUUUGGUAUAUAUACUUUUAGGUCAUUCAUAAUUUAAAUGCAGGUAGUUAAACAUAGCUUACCUCUAAGACAAAGUGUUAUAACUGACAGCAGUAAGGAAAGUUAUUAUGCAGUUUUUUUAAAUGCGUUUUUAUAUUUUGCUUGUUGCUUGUUAACAAUACUCACAUAUUCUAUGUUUAUUAUCUGAUGUGACUUCAUAUACAGACUCUGUCGCAAGCCAUAGUCAAAGUGGUUAUCCCAACAGAAAGGUACAUGUUUUUCUUUUUUUAAAUUGAUGUAAAAUGUAGAAAAUAUCCCAUUUUCACUAAAGUUAAAAAACAAAAAUUGGAAAUUGCAUGCUACUGGAGGGUGGUUUGGGUGAGCAAUAGUUCUUUUUACAUAGUCACCUUUUCAAAAUACAGUAGAUUCCCCAGUCUUUAAAAAUAUCUGUACUAAUAAAAUGAGUAAGUUGCUGCAUGCUGAUUCUACUUAAACACUUGAAUUGGCCUUAUCUUGUUUAUACUAACAUACUGCUUUAUCAGUUUACUACAUGUUUCCAUAAUUAGCCUUCAAUUCUUUGUUGAUAGUCUCAUAUGUUUUUUAAUGACACUUUUUUUUAUAAACCUGUAAACUGAACGACAUCGUUCAUAAACAGUACUUGACAUUUACACAAUGCCCUCCUCCAAUACUAAACAAGGUGACGCGGCAACCGCUUCAGUAAAACUGUUUUCAGUUGUAAAAUUCAAAUUGUGGCGAAGUACACUACAGUGCAUUGAGAAGAGCACUUGAAUACAAGGUGAACUAAAAGUCGAAAUUAAUUUAAAACACUAACACUGUGCACAUUAAAUCUGCUUUAGAUUUACAAAAUGUAUAAUUAUGUAUUUUGUACUAACAUAUGUAGGUAGUAUAUAAAUUGUCAUUUGAAACAUGCAGACUGCUUAUCUUUUUCCUGUAGAGGAAAAAUGAAUCAGACAACUUUAUCAUAAAGCAAGCAAGGUCAUCUACCCAGUUUAUUUUUCGCACGUCUCAAAGUAUUAAUUUGGCAUGAUGUUCCUGGUAGAGGAGCUUGGUGCAUUGCUGAUACUUUAGUUCCUUAGUUGAGAACUGCACAAAUAAAUACACUGGUACUUGAAUGCCAAACAUGUAAAGAUAAAUCAAAGUACAGCCGUCGUUGCGUGGAUAAGACUAGGCAGAAACCAGAGGUAAAAGAUACAGCCUUGUCACUUGUCACCUGUUCAGUGUGACUUAAUAGUUUUUUUGUUUUUUUUUCUAAAAUAUUUAGUAGUAAACUAAACCAAUAUGUUGUUUAAAAGUAGCAUCCUUGGUGACAACGAAGCACAGUGAGAUAAUAACGCUCUGUAAUUUCAAAUAAAGUAAUAAUUGUCCUUGUACUUUUAAUAGAGUAAAAAUAAAAGGUAAUGUUUCUAUGUAGUAUUAAAGAACUGGCAGGAAAGAAGUACCUACAAAUGCUAUUGCUCAUCCCAACUGAAACCCACCUGGCCUCUGUCUGCCAAGCAUGGUAAACACAAACUUGCCAUGCAGCAAGAUGAUUCCAAUCCCCUUAUUCUGUAUGACCUUUGACAUUGGCCUUGGUGAGCAGCACAAGUUGAGCUGUCUGCAGCAGCGGGGGACCAGAAAAGCGUCUUGGGAUGGAUUGGGAAAGUAUACAGAUUUUUACCUGACAUUGGAAUUUACUUUCUCUGAUACAUCGAAUGAUCGAGUUUGUGGUGCGUGAAGGACCUAUGUUUGAAGCUAUAAUCAUGAACAGAGAGAUAAACAACUCCAUGUUCAGGUUUCUUUUUGAGAAUCAGAGUCCAGCCCAUGUUUACUACAGAUGGAAGCUGUAUUCCAUUUUACAGGGAGAUUCUCCAACUAAAUGGAGAACCGAAGACUUUCGAAUGUUUAAGAAUGGAUCAAUGUGGCAACCACCUCCAUUAAAUCCAUACCUGCAUGGCACAGUGGAGGACGAUCAAGAAACAGAAAUAGAGGAGGAACCCAGCAAGAAAGGGGCCCUAAAAGAAGAGCAAAGGGACAAAUUAGAGGAGAUUUUGCGUGCACUGACACCUCGGAAAAAUGAUAUUGGCGAUGCCAUGGUAUUCUGUCUAAAUCACGCGGACGCAGCUGAAGAAAUAGUGGAAUGUAUUGCAGAGUCUUUGUCUAUCCUGAAGACUCCACUGCCAAAAAAGAUUGCACGGUUGUACUUGGUAUCGGAUAUGUUGUACAACUCCUCAGCUAAAGUCACCAAUGCUUCAUAUUACAGAAAAUACUUUGAAUCCAAACUGUGCCAGAUAUUUUCAGACCUCAAUGCCACAUACAGGUCUAUACAAGGCCACCUACAAUCCGAACAUUUCAAGCAAAGGGUAAUGUCCUGCUUCAGAGCGUGGGAGGAUUGGACUGUUUAUCCUGAGCCUUUUCUGAUCAAACUCCAGAAUAUAUUCCUUGGACUGGUGAAUCUUGCUGUAGAAACAGAAGCUUCGCCACCACCUCUGUCUCUUUCUCCUGCUUCAGUUCCAGUUGUCCUUGUACAGCCAUUACCAGUUGGAGACAUCGAUGGAGCUCCAAUCGAGGAAGAACUUGAUGGUGCUCCACUGGAUGAUGUUGAUGGAGUGCCAAUUGAAGGAGCACCGAUUGAUGGAACGCCCAUUGAUGGAACGCCCAUUGAUGAUUUAGAUGGGGUUCCAAUAAAGUUGGCUGGAGAUUACUUGGAUGGUGUUCCUUUGGAACGACUUAACCAGUCCAAAAAGCCAGCGUUUAAAAUGGCUCCUUCCAAAUGGGAAGCGGUGGAUGAAUCUGAACUUGAAGCACAGGCUAUUACCACGUCAAAAUGGGAAGACUUGGAUCAGACAGAAGAAUCCAAAAAAGAGAACAGGGAAGACGAGGAAAGUGAAGACGAAGAAGACACUCGAAGUUCUCGUUCAGGAGACCAACAGGUAUACUCGAACCCUAUUAAAGAUGAAUCCUCUGAAUCAAAAUCGUCUACAAAGUUCUCCGAAAUGAGUGAAGAGAAGCGGGCCAAACUUCGAGAAAUAGAGCUAAAAGUUAUUAAAUUUCAAGAUGAAUUGGAAUCGGGGAAAAGGUCAAAGAAGUCAGGACAGAGUAUUCAGGAGCACGCGGAACAGUAUCGGGACAAAUUAUUACAAAGGGAAAAGGAAAAAGAAAGGGAAAAGGAGCGAGACAAAAAGGAUAAGGAGAAAUUGGAAUCUCGUUCUAAAGAAAAAAAGGAAAAAGAUGAAUCCACACCAACCAGGAAAGAAAGGAAACAAAGGCACAGUGCAUCUCCCAGCCCAGCACGGAGCAGCAGUAGAAGAGGCAAGUCUCCAUCUCCACGGUCUGAACGCUCAGAAAGGUCCCAUGUAAAAGACAGUGCUCGUUCCAGAUCUUCUCAUAUAGACUCGCCAAGAGAUACCAGUAGAAAAUCAUCUAAAAGGUCACCUUCAGCAUCUAGGACACCCAAGAGAUCUCGAAGAUCUCGUUCCAAGACCCCUAAAAGAUCUGUCAAAAAAUCGAGGUCUCAAUCCAGAUCUCCACAUCGGUCCCAUAAGAAAUCAAAGAAAAGCAAACACUAACGGGGAUGAAAAAUUGGUAUUGCAAUUUUAUGUGCCUGAGCAAACCUGUAAAGACACAAAGCAUUUCUGAUUUAAAUAUAUAAAUAUAUAUUUUUGUGAAUGUAUGUGUAUCCUUGCUGUCUUACCUUCCAUCUGUAAAGCCAUCACUGUUUUAUAUUGUAAAAAAAUGUAUACCUUUUUUCAUUGUAUUUUGAUUACCUACAUACCUUUGUCAAUUACCUUCGUCAGGGAUCAAGUACGUGUGUGGUCUGCUGUCAGUAGUUUAUUUUAAAGAUUGUCAGGUGACUCUUUGUAGUUUUUGACUUAACAAGAAUUUCAAUACAGUCUUCAAAAAGUUUCUGCAGUAAAUUGAAAACUUCUAGUUUGUGUAAAGUACACUUAACCUAGGUGCUGCUUCCCUUGAAUUAUUAGUGGUCCUCUUAAAGACAGGAAAAGGGCUUUUAUACACUGGCAGUUUCAACUGUUUUAGCUUCUGAUUUAACUGUUGUAUUUUUUUUUUUUUUUUUUUUUUU